UGCUUUUUUGUUUUGGCCCAAAAUCGCCAGAUGUAUUUUUUACGAUAGUCACUUAUUUUACUUAAUUAUUAGGUUUCGCAAGAAAAAGUGCGGUGAAUUUGAGUGUGAGCGAGUAAAAAACUGUGUUUUAAUCUUCAUGCUUUAAAAAUGUCAAAAAGUUACGAACACUGCCAAUACCGGGACUGUUCAAAUGUUCAGUCGGAAGAAAUAAAGUUGUUCCGUUUUCCUGCAAAACACGACCCAAGAUGCGAAAUCUGGAUUACCAAUUCAGGAAACGAAGCUUAUUUGAGGAAGUUGAAACCCUCAACAAUUCGCAAAGCCUGUAUGUGUAAUGCUCACUUUUUACCUGGAGCAUUUUGGGACAAAACUAGGAGAAAGUUAAGACCAAAGCAGAUUCCAAUUCCGUAUACGGCUGUUGUUGAAGAAGGCGAGAAAGAACAGAAGAGGGUGGUGGACAGCAGUGCCAUUGGUGGAGAAGAGGAGGACUUUAAUAAGAGAACAGCAGAUAAUGUAGAGACGAGGGUGGAAGAGGAAGACGAAAGAGAAACCUAUAUUGGAAACAGGGACUCAGAUUUCGAAUCUGUUAGCGAAGUUGAAGAAGAUCUUACUUUCGCAGAAGUUUUUCAUAAUGAAGAAGAUGAAUUACAUGUGAGGAAAGAGAAAGUACUGAAAACUUAUUCAUCUGCAAAUAUGGAUGGCUUCAUCACGGUAGACGAAGACGAUGGUGAAAUAGAGUGGCUUCAAACUGAACCUCCAUUUGCAAGUACGAGCUCUCGCAAUGAAGAGAAGUGCAUUCCUCUUUCUGAUGAACGGAAAAUUGGAAGUGUUCGGGAAGAUUUGGCUAUUAAGUUGACUAAGAUGAUUAGGAGGGAUGAGGCGGAGAAGAGGAAAAUGGCAAGGAAAAUUGAGAGCCUACAACAACAAUUAAAAACAGAACGGACUGAAUACAAAAAAAAGAUGGCCGCCAUAAAACGGAAGAAGGUUAGCGUCGAGCAUUUUUUGGAUGCACGACGUUGCGAAAGUCCCGUAGCUCGUGCUGUGGUUAAUCUGCAACUUCGUAAAGGUAAAAGGCCUUUUACUGAGGAUGAAAAGGAGUUUGCGAAAAGGCUCUGCUAUUACUCAAAUUCAGCGUACAGGUUUAUGAAACAGGUUGGAAUGAAAUUGCCUGCUCUAUCGACGGUACGAAGCUGGAUUGCUGAAUAUGGCAUGAAGCCUGGAUUCAGGGAUGUUAUUUGUGAAAGUUCUAAAGAAAACGAAGAGGACACUGAAACUUCCAUUUAAGUGCGGGAACGACUUACAGGGGAUUCCCAGUGUACUCCAAGUAAUUAUUACGAUGGGAUUGCUGAUCUUGUGAAGCGGUGUCUGAAGAAACUGACAGAUUGUUGAGCAGAUGUAAGGUUUAUGUUUUAGAUUUAUUUUCAGUUUGUACGUUGAAAAUAGUAAAUUAUUAAAUAUUUUAUUA